CAUGACCUAACAUCUCGCGUAGCACAGCAGUGGAUGGGUGUAAUGUAAAGGGUAGUUGCUGAGGAGGACGCUCAAAUAGACAUUCAUCACCUCUGAGGUGUCUGUGGUUACUCCUGUGCGUUUAAUGUAACUGAAACAAGAAAAGAGCCAUGGGAAGAUUAGUGUUUGAAGUUCCUCUGAUCCUGUUUGCUGUGAUGCUGAUGGGCACCGGGGCCAAAGAUUGUGUGUGCAAUGGAAAGUCAAGAUGCCACUGUGAAGGAGUGAAAGGGAGCAGGGGAGACAAAGGUUUUCCAGGAGUUUUAGGUCCCUCGGGGUCAAAGGGUCAUCCAGGAUCAGAUGGUCACCCUGGGCCUUUUGGACCAAAGGGCAACACUGGGACUCAUGGACCUGAGGGGCUAAAAGGCGAUCUGGGACCCAAAGGUAAAGCAGGAUUUGCUGGGUCUCAUGGUUUACCGGGUAUCCCAGGUUUACAAGGGCCUCCAGGCGCCGCAGGGGCUACAGGCUGCAAUGGAACAGACGGAGAAGAUGGACUUCCUGGUAUUCCCGGGGCCCAUGGCAUUGAUGGAUAUGCAGGUCCAACUGGUCUGCCUGGACCUAAGGGUGAAUCUUGGGUAUCAGGGAAUGCAAUACCAGGGCCACAUGGGCCACCUGGGAGGGACGGAGAGCCGGGAAAUCCAGGUUUCCCUGGAGACCGUGGACUAACAGGGGACCGUGGAAGACAGGGCUCUGUCGGGUUUCUUGGUCGUCCUGGGGCUGUAGGAUCUAAGGGUCAAGAAGGCAUAGGCAGUAUCCCAGGACCUCGUGGGCCACGGGGGAGACCAGGACCACAAGGCCCACCGGGGCCACCGGGUCGGAUCAACGAGUUUGUCAGUGGGAGUAUCUUGUUUAAGGAUGUAAAAGGAGACAGAGGAGAUUUAGGAGAAAAAGGCUGCAACGGUGCACCAGGAGACCCUGGUUAUGAUUAUUCCGGCAAAGGAGCAAAGGGAGACAGAGGACAGGAGGGUCCAGAAGGAAAGACAGGAAAGGAUGGUGAUCCUGGACAAACAUUUGGGGGAAGGCCCGGACCCAUGGGUGAUCCAGGAUAUCCAGGGACACCAGGAGGGACGGGUGAAAAUGGAGAUAGGGGUCCCCCUGGUCCACCUGGAGAUAUAUUUGGGCCUGUGACUGAGCCACUGAAAGGAUACCGCGGAGACCCUGGUUUCUCAGGCUCACCUGGGCUCCCUGGGCGUCAAGGUGUUGUAGGAUUUCCUGGAUCUGAUGGCCCUCCAGGCCAUUCAUCUGGGAUUUAUGUGCCAGGCACACAUGGUCCCAAUGGCUUUCCAGGCCCCAAAGGGGACACUGGAGAGCCUGGGGAUAUUUAUCCGGGACUCUCAGGUCAAGAUGGGGAUGAUGGUGAACAAGGGCCUCCUGGGGAUACAGGCCCACCUGGACCUCCUGAAGACAGAACUGACAGGAUUACCAAAGGUCUCCCAGGAAUGAAGGGGAUGCAGGGUGAACCUGGACCUACGGGAUAUGUUGGGACGUUUGGAAUGAAAGGACUGAAGGGGGAGUCCUGUUAUGAGUGUAUCGGAUCUGGAAUCCCAGGACCGCCGGGUCCCCGUGGCCAACCUGGCAUCCCUGGAUAUAAUCAAGGACCAGGUGCUAAAGGAGAUCCAGGCUUCCCAGGACCUAAUGGCUCACCAGGAGGACCAGGUCCUAUAGGUCAAUUGGGAUUUCCAGGUCCUCCAGGACAAAAAGGAGACUCGUAUUCAUACAACACUGCUGGGAUAAAGGGAGAGCAAGGAGACCUGGGACGGCUUGGCAGGCCUGGUGCAGAUGCCCUUCCUGGGUUUCCUGGACAACCAGGUCGCAAAGGCGACCAAGGGCCUCCGGGGGAUUCGCAUCACUUCCCUGGUGCAGAGGGAGACCGUGGCUUCCCAGGUCCACCAGGUUCUUUAGGCAUACCAGGAACAGUUGGCUAUCCUGGGUCAGUGGGAUAUGGACCUGCUGGACUUCCAGGAAGUCCGGGAGAUGUUGGUGUACCUGGCCUGCCAGGACAGCAUGGAAUUCCAGGCCAGAAAGGUGAAUCUAGCCACAUCUACACCAAAGGACAUCCUGGACCACCUGGAUUUAAAGGUCUGCCUGGUUCACCCGGACUCCCAGGUUUUCACGGAGCACCAGGUACCCCAGGAACACCAGGUUUUCAAGGACAGAAAGGAGAAAGCGGUGAGCUGUCAUUUCCUGGAAUGCUAGGGAUCCGAGGGCAGAAAGGUAACAAGGGGCACCCAGGACCCCCAGGAUUUCCAGUUAGUGGCUUGCCUGGUCGGCCAGGUUCACAAGGUCUUCCUGGACCUGCAGGACUGAAGGGUGAUGGUGGCCCUGGAUACUCUGGCCCCCCAGGACCCCCAGGGUCUCCAGGAGAAGAAGGAGUUCAGGGACCUGUAGGACAUCCUGGGAUUCCUGGCCUACCUGGGUUCCCAGGACCUAUUGGCAAUACUGGUUUUGCAGGAAUAAAGGGAAUUAAAGGUUCUGUCGGGACCCCAGGACCACCUGGUAAUAAAGAUUCAUGUAAAGGUGAUUUACCUGGACCACAAGGACCAGAUGGUUAUCCAGGACAUCCAGGAUCUAAUGGCUCAUCUGGUGUGAAAGGAAACCCAGGGUUGCCAGGGUUUGGUCGUCCUGGUGCCCCCGGUGAACCUGGUUUUCUGGGGCCAUCAGUGCCAGGUUCACAUGGGCUUACUGGACAAAAAGGGAUCAAGGGACACCAUGGUCUGCCCGGUCAACCAGGACUGAAAGGAGACCCUGGACCAGAUGGGUUACCACGAUAUGGACCAGAUGGGAUGCCUGGAAUUAUCGGACAACCUGGCCAAAUAGGUGCCCCUGGGCGAGAGGGAGCCAGAGGUGCCCGGGGUCCACCAGGCAUGAAUGGUGAACCAGGUUCCACGGGUCUUCCAGGCCUUUCAUCUCCACAACCAAAUAAUGCUUUUGGGCCCCCAGGGGACUAUGGCAAUCCGGGUUACUCUGGUAUAUCUGGUGCCCCCGGAGAUACUGGAAGUAUUGGACCAAAAGGGCAGAGAGGGAUCGGUGGAUCACCAGGGGGUCCUGGGCAAAGAGGUCCGCCAGGUGAUCCAGGUGUUGAUGGAUUAGUGCUCUCAAAAGGAGGUUCUGGGUCACCUGGAGCUCCAGGAGACCCAGGAGUCAUAGGGCCUCCAGGCCCAAAUGGAUUAAAAGGAGAUCAAGGAAUCUCUGGAGGGCCAGGUCAAGAUGGUGCACCAGGUCCAACUGGUAACAAAGGAGUUAAUGGAGAGCCAAAUUUCUAUGGAUAUGGAGCACCUGGACCAGAAGGACAAAAGGGUGAACCGGGCACAACCAAUACUUGUGUGAAGGGCCACAAAGGUGAACCUGGCUCUAUUGGACCUUUAGGUUUACCAGGAAACCGUGGAGCCAAAGGAAACCCAGGGUCUUUUGGACAAAAUGGCACACCAGGCUAUCAAGGGUCUGAAGGUUCAAAUGGACCUCCAGGAAGUAAAGGACGGGUAGGACCCAAUGGACCAGCAGGUGACCCAGGCCGGCCAGGUGUCAGUAGUUAUCCAGGUCCUAAAGGCAGCCAGGGUCGGGAUGGGAUCCCUGGACCACCAGGGCAGAAAGGAGAAACUAACUUAUUAGGAGGGACACCUGGUAGGCGUGGUGACACAGGUCAACAAGGUUCCCCUGGGAACACUGGUCCCCCCGGCUUUUUUUCUGCAGGGCGUCCUGGACCAAUAGGAGACACAGGAUCUCCAGGUCCACCUGGAGCCUUUGGUCUGCCAGGACUACCAGGGAGAGAAGGGGCUUGUGUUCCUGGGUCAAAAGGAGACCGCGGCCAUCCUGGCAAUUCCGGUAGCCCAGGCUAUCGUGGCCCACAUGGCCCUCCAGGGCCAACAGUGCCUGGGCUAAAAGGAGACAGAGGGGACCCAGGUGUUACAGGAGGCCCAGGCUAUAGUGGACCUGGAGGAGAUCCAGGCCCUCAAGGACCAGCAGGUCCAAGAGGCAGACCUGGAGGACCGGGACCAAGAGGUGAUUCUGGUCCUCGUGGAAUCUAUGGAAACCCUGGUGGCAAGGGAGACCCUGGAUACAUCCCAGGCCCUCCUGGUCCAUCUGGGGUGAAAGGUUUACCUGGACGACCUGGCUCCAAAGGUGAAGCAGCAGUAUUCGUUGCGAGGUAUGAACUAGGACUUCCUGGCCCACAUGGUUUCCCUGGCAAUCGAGGAGCCCCAGGGAGCACUGGACCAUCAGGAACACCAGGCCAUCCAGGUCAGCAAGGCGUCAAAGGACAGCGUGGUUCCAGCCCAGGUGGACAGCCUGGAUUUACUGGCCACAAAGGAGACAAAGGAAGAGCUGGACUGCCAGGUCAAGAAGGCAGCCUUGGAAACCCAGGCAACACGGGUCCUCCAGGGUUGCCAGGCAAUGGUGGACCAAGUUAUGUUCACAGUUUCCUGAUAGCCAGACACAGUCAGAGCACCAGCAUCCCUGACUGCCCUCAUGGUACCACCCUCAUCUACUCGGGUUACUCUUUCCUCUUCAUCAAUGGAAAUGAGAGAGCGCAUGGUCAGGACCUUGGCACCACGGGAAGCUGUCUCCCUCGUUUCUCCACCAUGCCCUUCCUGUUCUGUGACACAGAGUCAAACUGCCGCUAUGCUUCUCGUAACGAUUAUUCCUACUGGUUGUCCACUGACACUCUUAUGCCUGCCAACAUGGUUUCCAUCACGGGGGAUAGGCUGGCCUCCUACAUCAGCAGGUGCUCAGUGUGUGAAACUACCUCCAAUGUCAUAGCCGUCCACAGCCAGACAACUCUAAUACCUGAAUGUCCCCGAGGCUGGGAGUCCCUAUGGACUGGAUACUCAUUUGUCAUGCAAACGGGUGCUGGAGCAGAUGGCUCUUCCCAGCCGCUGGUUUCUCCUGGCUCAUGUCUGGAAAGUUUCCGCCAAGUUCCCUUCAUAGAGUGUCACGGCAGGGGAACAUGUAACUACUAUCCUGAUUCCUAUAGCUACUGGCUGGCCUCCCUGGACCCCAACAACAUGUUCAGUAAACCUGUUCGUCAGACAGUGAAGGGACCGUCUCUACAAAGAGUCAUCAGCCGUUGUCAAGUCUGUAGGAAACCAUGGCAACCGACAGAUGACAAACGUGGGGACAAUUAACAUUUAAUAUAUAAGCUCUAAAAUAGUGUAUAUUAAUAUAACAUUUAGUGAGUCAUUAUAUCAUGUAAAAGUGCUACCUGUGUAUAAUUAUUCCUGUGAUAAACUUGAGCCUUAAUAGCAGCUAGUGGUUAAUGUUAAAACUUCAGCUUGUACUUAUUCCCACCAGGAUAUUCUGUUUGACUUUAGUUAGUGACAUGUUGCAAACAAGCCUUCUGUGACUUGGACAAGCCUAGACGAGAAAUAUUUAACUUAGUGCUGAUGUCAGUAAAUGAUGUAAAAAGUAUGAGGGCACGACAGGUGACACAUAUGUUCCUGUUGUAAAGGUGAUGCUCUCACUUUGGAAUUGUUGUGUUGUCGUGUUCACACCCACAUAUUGAGUCAUUUGUGCCCUCACUCUAAAAGCAUUUCUUCGAUUUUCAGCAAGCUUAAUGGUGCAUGGAAAAGAUUAAAGUUUAUGACUCAUACUGCCUGCAACUUCCUCCAAUCCAUUUCUAAAUGAACUGUCAGGAGGCUGUCUCUCUGUGGCUUCGGGAAAAACAAUGCACAUUAAAAUGUUGAGAUAUAUUGUGGAACAAUUUCUUUUACAUUCCAUCUUUCUCAUUUGGGGUUGUCAAUUGAAGGAAAAUAUAUUAAAAUAAAAUACAAAUGAAGAGAAAGAAAGAUUACUUUAAUGGUAUGCCAAUCUGCCUGUUGAUUCCACAUGUGACCAGGGCUUUGAAAGAAACUAUUAUCUAAAAUAAUCCAGCUCAUUUUCCAUCCAGAAUAGCCUCAUUCCUCUUGUGAUGUAAACAUCUUAUUUUCUGCUCUAUUCACUCAGAAAAGUAUCAGCAGAGCCAUACGUCCCUAAGGAACAGUCAUUGAAGCACACUCAUCCAUAUUGGUCACUGUGAUCAAUAGAUGCAAACUCCCCAUAUAGCUAAACGUAAAAAAAACCGUCCUUAAACAACACUGUGUUUAAAAUACUGUUGCUUUUUGGCACGCAGAUAUUCCAGCGUAUCGAUCGCUCAGAAAUAACAAGCAGCCUCAUAAGCUUAUGCAAGGGAGGCAGCUAACACACGCAACAACUGAAGAGGAGCUGAACCCCUGUAUGGGAAUUAAAAACCUGUGAUGAAGUAUCACACUGAAUAUAUAAUUAGUUUUGACAUUUUUGGGGGCAAUUUCUCAACUCAUUAAAAGAAGAGUUCCGACACAUCUGAAAAAGGCCUGAUAUAACAAGCAGCCACUCCCUGAAUGCCACCGUAAAUUAAAUAAGUCUUACAUGCCCUGGUGCAGACAGUUGUCAGCAUGGAUAGAAACACUCUUGCUCUAAAGUGCUCUUGGUAGCCUUCUUAACGGGAUUAUUCUCCUCCCAACACUGCACUUACUAAUUGUUUAGGCAGCUAUAUCAGGCUUCUACACCUCUAUAAUUAGGUUAGAAUGGCGAUUUGCUGAAAGGUUGAUGUGCUUCAAGGUUGUCUCCCAUGUGAGAAGGACACAUGUCCUUUCAGUUUCCUCCACACAUGUGCCUUACAUAUAGUAGAAAACGUCGGAUCAUAUUUUUACAGGUUAGCUUAGCAUGUGUUAAAGAAUAAACACAUACUGAAUUUUUUUAAAAGUGUAUAAUAUAAAAUGUACAAAACACAUUUAGCUUCCAUUAUGAAAAAUUAAAAGAUUCCCAGUGCAAGUCAGAGCUCAAUCCAGAAUGACCACAGGCAAAGUAGAUAUUGUAGAACUGAAGCUUCAUGUUAUUGCAGGUUUACAAGGUAAAUUCCAUACAAACUACAGAGACGAUGUGUGUUACACUCACACUGGUUACUAGGUAUUUAUUCAUUUGUAUACCUGCAUAUAAAAUCAGGUUUAAAUGGUAAAAAUCUGUAAGGUGCACCUGUUAAAACGCAUCACUUCCAGUCAUAAUGUAUGAUGUGACCGGAUGUUGUCCACAUGUUAUCCUUAUUCUAUGGGGAAUUAAGCUGCUCCUUCAUAGAGAGCCUUUUAUCUAAUGCAGGGUGUCAAACAUGACAAAACCGGCCCGCCAGAGGGUCCAGAUCUGGCCUGCAGGAUCACUUUGCAAAGUGUAAAAAUGUGUUGUUUUGAUCAUAACGUAAAAGCCUUUGUAGAUACACUGUGAUCUGUAAGU